GACAAAAUGAAAAACAUCACUUUAGCAUUUCCCAAUACAGGUCUCCUUCCCUUCAAGAUACCACCAUGAGCUCCAGCCACACCCAGAAGAACCGAGGGGACUCCACUCCGCUGCCUCCAAUCAACGAGCGCCUGGCUUUCCUGCGGCCGUCCAGAGAGCUGUUAGAGUAUUACCGCAAGAAGAUCGCUGAGUUUGAUGAGGAACACGAGGAUCUGGUAAAGCAACUGGAGCAAUACAAAGCUACCUUUGAGGAGCAGGUCACCAUUCCCCAACGUGCUGUUCAGUCUGGGGAUCCAUACGCCCGGAAACUGCAACGUUCAGGCCAGGCAGGUACCAAACAAGCACCCCUGAAAGCACCGGGGAAGCAAGACAGAAGCAAAGAGGGCAAGAAAGAAGAUCCCCAGAUUCUUUUGCUUCAGGUGGAGGCGCUGCAGGCCCAGCUGGAAGAGCAGACACGACUAUCCAAAGAGCAGAUAGAGACUCUAGAGGACAGGAAGGUCCGCGUGGAAGAAACCCAGGUGCAGCACCAAAGAGACCAGGACAAAAUGAAAUCUAUGACAGAUAAGCUGAAUAAGACCCAGAAAUUGCUGUACGAGAGCACCAGGGAUUUCCUGCAACUGAAAUUUGAGUGCCGAGCCAAUGAGAAAUCUUGGAUGGCCGAGAAGGAUCGGCUGCUCCGAGAGCUAGACCGGUGCCGAGAGCAGUUGGCUUUAAGUAGUGACCCAGAGCAAGAGCGGGAACACGAGCGAGAGAUCCUGCGUUUGUCAUUGGUCGAGAAAGCAAGUCGGCACUCGCACAGUGAGGAAGUGAAGGGUAAUUCCCAUUCUCUUACAGAGCAGCUGGCACAAGCACAUCGCCUCGCUGAAAUGUACCGGGAGCAGUGUGUGACACUGGAGGAUGAGCUGGGAAAGAUACGAGAGGAGGGAGACGUGGGCAGGGAAAUCUUCAAGGAACGUUCAGAUAAGGUGGCCAAGCGGCUGCAAUUGAUGGCGCAGAGAUACGAGGCUCUGGAGAAAAGGCGCAACAUGGAGGUAGAGGGCUAUAAGACUGACAUCAAGCUGCUGAGACAGCGGUUAAAGGAUGUAGAGAAGCAACUAUUCAAGGUGACGCUGAACAUCGGGCCAGACCAAGAUCUUGCUAUUCUGGAUGCAGUGCGGCAGGGCAACAAAAAGACACAAAAAAUUCAAGGGGAACUGCGCAACUUAAAGGCCAAAAUCUGUGGCCUGGGGAAUGAACUGAGAAUCGGAUAGAGCACAAGGGAGACUGACGGAGCUGCCACACUAAACAAGGAGCCACAGGUAAAGGUCUACCCUGGCUCUACCUCUGGGAUUAUAUAGUGUGUUCGGCCCAGGAAGGAA